GACCCCCCACCCGCCUGCCUUCGCUGCUCGCUGCCGCCGCCACUCGCCCCCACAGCAUCUCUGCCCCAGCCCGCUCGCCCUCGCCUCCCUACUUCUCUCUGGCGGCGCAUCUUCAGAAUAGGACGAUCGGGCCGACGUCGCACCUUCGGGAGAGGAUGAGAGAAGAGGGGAGGAGAAAGAGAGGCCUAGAGGCGUGCUUCGACGACUGCGUGGCGUGCAGAAUUGGAUCGGGGCGCUUCUCCACAACCGCAGCGCGACACCACAUGCCCAAAAUCAGAUAGAGGAUCGAUCAUGCAGUUCCCGUUCCGCCGUCCGCCGGCGUCGCCGGCGCCGUUUCUGUUAGUCCCGGGCAAAACACCGCACGGCUUCAGGAGGACACCUCGACCGCGGAGGAUGACAGCGACCUGAGGAACCUGAUGCGCUGCUGCAGCCACCUCGUCCAGACCUACUUGGACAAGAAGAGUGUCGUGGCCGCACGUGGGAACCUACACCGCGAGCUCGACGUCGUCGCCCCGCGCUUCGCCGAGGCGGCCGGACGCCAUCGGCUCUGCUUCGUGUGGCGGGACGUCGGGACGCCAUCGGUUCUGCUUCGCGUAGAGGACACACGCAUGGCCGACGGGAUACGACGCACGUGCGCCGUGCUCUGCAAUGCGGCAGGCCUGCUGAGGGUAGCGUCGGAGGGGGAAGGGGGAGGAGACGGAGCGAUGGGUUGUCAGCUGCGGCACAUGUCUGAUGCGUGCAUGGCGGUGUUUGAGGCGUUGAUGCUCGCGCAUGCCCUUGAGUGCUACUUCGAGCUCGCCGUCGCGCCAAGAACCUUCAGUCAUGAGGCCACCGUGCCGGAGGUCUUCCAUCUCAGCCAUGCAGAAGUGUCAUCACCUGCAUCUCCUCUUUGUGUUCCCGUCUCUCCAUGCCGCACGAGGAUGCAGUCACCACAUCUAUGAGUAUGUAAUUCAUCAAUUGAUAGCUUUUCUCCUUGUUG